AUGGAUGUGUUGGCCCCUCUCAUGAUUCCUGAGAAUGCUGAUGUGUUAGUUUUGAAUAGAUUUCACUAUACGAACUGAUCUGAAAGAUUUAAAAAUUUCAGAGAUACAUACAUUUACGUGCAAGGGGGCCACUUUUUACCUAAAGUGAAACCUUACGUGCCGAAGCUGAAAGCGGCUAAAGGCGGCGAACUACUCAAGAUGGGCACAAAGUUUAGAGAUCGUUAUUAUAUCCAGGUAGUCCUUAUUUUCUUAAUUUCUUAUAAAGAGUGAAAAUUCUGAGGGACUGAUCGGCCGAGGUGGUUACGGUCAAAUUUAUUAUGGGAUCGACACGAGAAGUUAUGAAGAAAUUGCGAUCAAAACUGAGCCGACGAGGCGCCGCGGCUGCAGCAGUCGCCGAAUGUUUUUAGAACAGAGGGUAGCUUUUAUUUGAUAUUCAUCAGUAGCUUUAGCUAUUUUGAUUAUGUAACAUCAAAGACUAAAGUUGAAACAUGAUAGAAAGAUUCGGAACAAAGCUAAUUAAUUAAAGACGGUAAUUGAAAUCAUAUAAAAAGUUAUGAGGAGUCUAGUAAAUUUUCUCGAUCUAUUUAAAGAUUCCUAUGCGGGAAGAAAAAUUAUUGAUAACUGGAAGCAAUUUUAAAAUAAAGAUAAUAGAGAAAAAACGCGUAAAAAUAAUUCAAAAAAAAGGCAAGUUGCCAAUGGCGCACCAAUGCUGAAAAUUCAAAAGUUUUCCAAAUUUUUGUCAUUUUCUGUCAUUUUCUGCUGUUUACAUAUUUACAUUCAGUUUUUCGCCGUAACAAUUUCAUAGUGGUAAGUCCUUAUGAAUCUCUUUUCCCCCUUUUUUAUGAAACUUUAGUAAGAUAUCGUUUUUUUCCAACUUUUAUUUUUUUCUUUUUAAAAGUUUUUUUUAGGUGCUCUACCGGCUUCAAGGACGCCCUCAUGUCCCUACAAUGCUUGCCUCUGGACAUACCGAAAAAAUCAACUUUAUCAGUAAGUUUUCGUGGCCAAAUAUCAAUUACAGAAGUAUAAACUUCCCUUAAAAGUGACAAUUUUUUCAGUGAUGCAAUUGUUAUCGGUGAACGUGGGCGACUUAAAAAAGCAAAGUCCCGUUAAACGUUUGAGUCGCACGACAACGGCUCGCAUCAUUUUACAGGUGGUUAUUUCAGACGUUUCUUCCCUUGAAGGAGAGUUUCCAGGGAGUUGCGGCGCUUCGUGAUGUUCAUUCCGCCGGAUUUCUUCAUCGAGAUGUCAAACCUGCAAAUAUGUGCUUUGGAAUCACGCAAUUUGUAGGAAUCAGAAUCAAAAAUGUACUUAUUUGCUGUAUUGCAGAGCCGUCAUGUUUUAAAACUCGUUGAUUAUGGACUCGUCCGUCGUUAUAAAAAUGCUGAUGGUACUAUUAGAAAACCUCGAACUCGGCCUGGUUUUCGGUAAGAUUAGAAUUUCGAAGAAAAACUUUUUCACGAUUUUAGGCUCUGUUCACAAGAGCUUUCAAAAAAAAAAAAUUUAGCAGUCUCCCAUAAGAUGACAUAACUCAAUAGCGAAAAUUCCAGUGGUACACUGCGGUACGUCUCGGUGCGAGUCCACGACCGAAUGGAGCAGUGUCCUGCUGACGACCUCGUCUCGAUGGUCUACUCCGGCGUCGAGUGUCUUCUCGUCGACCUGCCUUGGAAACUGUACCCCUCCGACGAGUACCGCCGAUCCAAACUCGAAUUUGUAAGUUGUAUCGAAGAAAGCUGAAUCUCAAGAUCUCGAUUUCUAGCAGAGCUCCGACUCUCCCUACCUGGCGUUGACAGGGGUCGAGUAUUGCGAGUUCUCACGAGCCGUCUUCAGCCUCAACCUCGGCGAGGAGCCUGACUACGGCGCCUUGCAGGCUUUGCUCACGGUUGGGGAUUGGUUGUUAUUUUGAAAUACAUUCGAAUAACAGGAAAUGGUCGGCGAUAAACUUAUGACCGACGCUUACGAUUGGGAGGAGAACUACCGUGAGUGCAUUGAAAGUGAGUUUUUUUGUCUAUAAAAACUUCGGCCUUAUGGAAGGUUUUUUUUUAUUCAAAGGCAACUGUGAUUUUUCCAAUACUAAAGAGUCAUUGAUCAGCUUUUUCAAAACCUUCAAAAACACUUGAUAACCUCUAUAUCAAAGGACCACAAUAUCUAUCCAAUCCAAUACCCAUUUUUUACAAAAAAAAAUCUGAACAUUUUUUCUCGAACGUUAGAAGAGACGGAUUCUUUCAUUACUUCGUUUAUUUUGCGACGCAAAUCCAACAAUAGUUUAUAUUUCCGUCGAUCUUCAGCCUCACCGUGUAACGACGCGAACUUCGCCAUCAAUAUGUUCUGA